AUGCACUUCUACAACAUUGCCGUUCCCGUCAUCGCCGCCCUCACUGCUAUGCAGGGCACCACAGCACCCAUCGCCGCUAAGGCUGCUGUCGUCGGCGCCAAAGCCGCGGCGAAGAGCGUUGGCAAGGGCCUUGCGGCCUACGGUGUCACCUCUGGCCGCGUUGGCACUGCUGUGGGCAUUGCCGGCUUUGGUUGCAGCGUCGGCGACUGCGGCCGCAAGAUGAAGAGGACCCCUACAUUCAUCAACGUCAAGAAGUCCGACCUCGUCGGCCGUCAGGACCGCCCUGCCCCGCCUGAGGGCAUCAACCAGCACGACUGGGACAACUGCAUCGACGCUCUCGAUGGCACCGUCGAGAUCACCGGUCCCGUUGGUGUAGACUGGGAUGGCAUCGAAGUCAGAGGCCUCCCCGCCGUCUGCAUGCCUCUUGUCUCCUGGUUUAUUGGCAACCCCCAGGACAACGACAUCAUCCCCGUCACCUGCGGCGACGACUGCGUCCGCUACGUUACCCUUACUGAGGAGGACUACGGCUGGGUUAAGGAGGUCUUCGAGGAGCUUGGUGCUUUGUGA